AUGGGGCCCUUGCAAGAAGAGAACACUGAAAGCUGCUUCUGUCUCAGCCACAUGAGAACAAAGUGUCAAAAGCCACUCUGCAGGACAGGAAGAGGCCCUCACCACAACGCAACAUAUGAACUACAGAAUAAAAACUUGCAUUUGGAUCAAGUCACUGAAAAGCCUGCAAAGGAGCAGACAGCUGAAACAGCCGAAAGACCUAGUGACCGACCUCUAAUCUUUGCAGCUCUACAACCAGAAAAGCCAACCAACUUCACAACUCAGACAUUUCUGGCCGCUGUGUUUACGGCUCGAGCUCGCCUCCGCUCUGGACUGCUCUGCACGCCGGGCACAGCCAGGGUGAAGCGCUCCCCCCCCCCGCCACACCCACGCCUCCCGGCGCGCGCCUCCUUCCCACAGAAAAACGCGUUUCCCGGCAACAGCGGGCCGUGGCGUCACUUCCGGCCAUUUAAACUGGGUCCCAGCGCUCGCAGCCCCAGCUCCUCUUUUCCACUCCCCCUCCCCUCGGCCGAGGGUUUCCUUCCCGCGUCCCCGGGCUUGGGGAGGGGGCGUAGGCAAGGCGCGCGAGCGGCCGCGAGUUCCGGGCGCGGCGCACCUGUUGCUGCAGAUACUUUGGCUGUGAGGCAAAAAAGAAGAAUUUAUGAUAUCACCAACGUCUUAGAAGGAAUUGAUUUGAUUGAAAAAAAGUCAAAAAAUAGUAUCCAGUGGAAAGGUGUAGGUGCUGGCUGUAAUACUAAAGAAGUUAUAGAUAGAUUAAGAUUUCUUAAAGCUGAAAUUGAAGAUCUAGAACUGAAGGAAAGAGAACUUGAUCAGCAGAAAUUGUGGCUACAGCAAAGCAUCAAAAAUGUGAUGGAUGACUCCAUUAAUAAUAGAUUUUCCUAUGUAACUCAUGAAGAUGUCUGCAAUUGCUUUAAUGGCGAUACACUUUUGGCCAUUCAGGCACCUUCUGGUACACAGCUGGAGGUACCUAUUCCAGAAAUGGGUCAGAAUGGACAAAAGAAAUACCAGAUCAAUUUAAAGAGUCAUUCAGGACCUAUCCACGUGCUGCUUAUAAAUAAAGAAUCCAGUUCAUCUAAGCCUGUGGUUUUUCCUGUCCCUCCACCUGAUGAUCUCACACAGCCUUCUUCUCAGUCCUCCACUCCAGUGACUCCACAGAAAUCCAGCAUGCUGGCUCAGAACCCUCCUGAGCAACACAUAUCUGAAAGAAGCCAGAAUCUUCAGCAGAUACCAGCUACAGAAAUAGCUUCAGCAGGAUCUAUUAGUGGAGAUAUUAUUGAUGAGUUAAUGUCUUCUGAUGUGUUUCCGCUCUUACGGCUUUCUCCUACCCCUGCAGAUGACUACAACUUUAAUUUAGAUGAUAAUGAAGGAGUUUGUGAUCUGUUUGAUGUCCAGAUACUAAAUUAUUAGAUUCCAUGGAAACUUGGGACUGUUAUCUACCUCUAACUGUGUAACAUUUUAGAUUUCUUGAUAACCUAAGUAUUUAAAAAUAAUGAAUGUAACAUCUUUUUAGUUCACUGAUUCUGAAGUGUUCUUCCCUAAUACUUUCUUUUUUUACUUCACAAAACUUCAACCAUAAAAACAAAGGGCUCUGACUGUUUCCGGGGAAAGAGGGUUUAAUAUCUAUCAGCCUUCCCAAUCCCCAAAUAAUAACAUUCUGGGAUUUCAAGUUCCAAUUCUGAAUCCUUCUGUUUCCUUUUAUGAAAGGAAGGUUAAAGUAGACUUCAGGUUAUCAAAAACAAAGUUGGCCAAGGGCUAAUCACUUAUUUGCCUUGUAUUUUUACUGCCAUGAAUCUAUUUCUGCAUGUGUGUCAGUCCAAGGAGACAUUCACUGCCACUUAAAAAGUGAAGGAUGUAAUUGAGGAUAUGUAACUGUUU